AUGCCGAACAAGACCAGCACAGCGCCUCCGUGUCUCUUUGUCCCGCCUUUCGUAAAGGCCAACGGACACGGACGGUUCUUUCCCAAUAGCGCCGAGGACUUUGCAAUCAACCACUUCCACAAGAACUACUUCUCGCGCAAACCCGAAGCCCGCGCCUACAAGGCCGGAUACGAGAAAGCCCGCAAUUCACUCCCCAAGAGUGCCAGGAAGGGGUACGACGAGUGGAACGCGGCGCUGUAUAGCGAGGUGAAGAAGUAUGUCGAGUAUGCCCCCUGCGCGGGGUUCCGUGAUCCCCGGCGCGUCCCCCUGUUUACGCAGUAUGCCAUGUGGUUGAAUUUUGUGGAGAAUUAUGGUGGGGUUAGGCAUGCUGUUAGAAAUUGCUAG